UACUCUGCGUGACGUAGUAUAUGUGCGUCGACAGAGUCACACGUGUUGUUUUCAUGGACGUUUCUGCGUGAUUAAAGUCCCGUCAAAGUGUGAUAUUUCUGAGUUACAGUCCCGCGUAAAACCUUAGCCACAAACAUGGGGAAGAAACUCAAAGUUGGAAAGACCAGAAAAGACAAAUUCUACCAUUUAGCCAAAGAAACAGGUUAUCGGUCUCGUUCCUCCUUCAAACUCAUCCAGCUCAACCGUAAAUUUCAGUUUCUGCAGAAAGCCAGGGCUCUGGUGGACCUGUGUGCAGCUCCUGGAGGAUGGUUGCAGGUGGCGUCCAAGUUCAUGCCUGUUUCAAGUCUAAUUAUUGGUGUCGACCUGGUGCCCAUCAAGCCCAUCCCCAAUGUGGUGGCGCUGCAAGAAGACAUCACCAGUGAGAAAUGCAGACAGGCUCUUCGAAAGGAGCUGCAGACAUGGAAGGUCGAUGUGGUGCUGAAUGAUGGAGCCCCGAACGUGGGAGCCAACUGGCAGCAUGAUGCCUUCUCACAAGCUCAUCUCACCCUCAUGGCACUGAAGUUGGCCUGUGAGUUUCUGACCAAAGGUGGCACUUUCGUCACCAAGGUCUUCCGUUCCAAAGACUACCAGCCGCUGCUCUGGAUCUUCCAACAGUUCUUCAAGAAGGUGCAGGCGACCAAGCCACAGGCGUCUAGGAACGAGUCCGCCGAGAUCUUUGUUGUCUGUCAGGGUUUUGUUGCCCCGGACAAAAUUGAUGGAAAGUUCUUUGACCCCAAACAUGCGUUCAAAGAGGUGGAGGUGCAGGCCAAAACUGUGAAGGAGCUGAUUCCUGACAAGAAGCCAAAGGCGGAGGGAUACACAGACGGUGAUCUGACACUCUACCACAGUUUCACAGUGACGUCCUUUCUCAAAGCUGAAAACCCUAUCGACUUUCUGGGCAAAGCCAGUGAGAUUACCUUUGACAAUCCCAUCCUGGAGUCUCAUGGCGCCACCAGCGGUGAAAUAAAGGAGUGUUGUCGUGACAUCAAAGUCUUGGGCCGCAAAGAACUUCGCCUGCUGCUGAACUGGAGGUCCAAGCUGAGGAGGUACCUGGCCAAGAAACUGAAGGAGGCCAAACAGCCUGAUGGAGAGAUCAACUUAAGCUCUGAUGAAGAAGAGAGUAACUCGGAGGGAGAAACAGACAAAAAGAAAGAGGGGGAGGAUGAUGAUGAUGAUGAAGAGGAAGAAAUGGAGAUGAAGCUGGCUGAGCUGAAAGCUGAGGAGGUGGCUGAGCUCAAACGGAAGAAGAGGAAGCUGUUGAAGGAGCGGAGGAAGCAGAGGGAGAGGGUGGAGCUUAAGAUGGAUCUGCCAGGCGUCUCCAUCGCUGACGCCAACGACUCAUCGCUGUUCUCCCUCACCAACAUCAAGAAGAAAAAGGUGCUGGCCGAUAUAUCUAAAGGGGACAUGCAGGCAGCAGACGCCCUGGUGGGAGAAGAUGAUGACCUCCACCUGUCAGACGACGAGGAUGACGAGGCAGAUAAAAUGUCCCUGGCUUCUGAUUUAGAUGAAGAUGACUUGGAAGAGGUGGAGCAGAAAGAGAAAGAGCUGGAGAAGAAAGUUCCAAAGAAAAAAGUAACAUUCACUGAGGAGGAGGAUGACGAAGGAGAGGAGAAUGGCUUGCUGGUGGAACUAGAAGGAAAGGAUGAGAAGAAAGAGCGAGAGACAGACCUGUGGUUCAGCAAGGGCAUCUUCUCUGAGAUCGACCUGGAAGGAGACGCAGAGAGUGAGCUCAGACAGACCCAGUGGCUCCAGAACAAAAAAUCCAGCAAAAAGAGGAAAGCUGAGGAAGAAGAGGAGGACGCUGCUCAGCCAGCAGAGGAAGAGGCGGGACCUUCACAUAAAGCUGAAGAAGAGAGUGACAGCGACUCAGAUGACAGCAGCGAUGAUGAAAAGGAGAUUACCAGGAUGAAGCAGGGCAGAGGUGCUGGUGGGAUGUCGGGAGAGGCCGAUGACGACGACUUCCAGGUUGUUCCUGUAGAAAGCAUCAGUAAGAAAGCCAGAAUCCUGGAUGCAGAAGGUCUGGCCCUGGGCUGUCAGAUCGCUACAUCCAAGAAGACAGCCAGAGACCUGGUGGACAGCUCCUUCCACAGGUUUGCUUCAUCUGAGGAGGCGUGGGAUGUACCAGAGUGGUUUCUGGACGACGAACGCAAACACCGGAAGAAGCCGGUGCCAGUUACCAAGGAGAUGGUGGAGGAGUACAAACAAAAGUGGAAGGAGAUUGAUGCCCGACCCAUUAAAAGAGUUGCUGAGGCCAAAGCCAGGAAGAAGAGGAGGAUGCUGAAGAAGAUGGAGCAGGCUAAGAAGAAAGCAGAGGCAGUUGUCAACACAGUGGACAUCUCCGAGAGGGAGAAGAUGGCUCAGCUGAAGAGUAUCUACAAGAAAGCCGGCGUUGGGAAGGAGAAGAGAGAAGUAACAUAUGUCGUGGCCAAAAAAGGAGCCGGCAAGAAGGUGAGACGACCCCCCGGCAUCAAGGGAGUCUUCAAAGUGGUGGACAGUCGCAUGAAGAAAGACAUGCGGGGGAUGCAAAGGAAAGAACAACACGCUAAAGGGCACAAAGGAAAAGGUGGCAAAGGAAGACAGUCAAAGGGUGGAAAAGGAGGAAUGAAGAGUGGUAAAGGGCGAAAAGGAAAAUAAAUUUGAACCUGUAUCACUCUCAUAAGUCCUGCCUUUCUAUCUAACUGUUAAUCAUUACCUGGUCUCAUGGUCUAGGUGAGCAUUUAUUGAACUUUGUGAGCUUGGAUGCCACAGUUUGAGCUCCAACAUGGACUUUGGUCUUUGAUAAGAACGCCAUCUUUUUGAGCAACCUUGGCUCAGAUUCCUUAAACCCAUUGACAUGUAAGCUGUGUAUUUGGGAUAUUAAAAUGCCGGGGUUGUGUGUACGUCUUUCUCAAGAUGUAUAUUUUUUGGCUUGAACGGAGUUGCUUCACUGAACUGCCGAACUGUAAAUGACAGUCGAUCAAGUUUAACAAAACAAUAAUAAAUGUGUUCUUCAGAAAUGCAUCUAUUAAUUUUGUAAAUAUAAUAUCUUUGCAAUAAAAAAGUUUUGUUGGAGAAA